ACUUGACCGGAACCAACAUAUCACAUGCGGCACACCAACGUGUCACGUCUUGCUUGCAACACAGGCGACUGCUUUACUGGCCCAAACUUAAGCAUUCAAGUACCCUUGACGUUGAGACAUCAAUGUUCUGAGGAACAGCACUUGUAAGAGAAACACUUGUCAGCAGUGCACAGCCAGUCGACAAGACACCGUGGCACCCGGCGCGUAUCCACGCCAUCUGCUAAGUACUCUACUAGUUACAUAGCGCUACCAUUUUCUUGCCUUUUAACGAUAUGGUCCGUAACUUCCCAGCCUUGCCAAGUUUUUACCGGACCCUCUUCUUGUACAUUGAACCAGUGUCGACCGUAUCACCUGCUGUCUUGGCGUGGUUCUUUCCAGGCGCCUCCUGGUUCCACCAUGAGUUGAUACCAACUGCAACUGCUGCCUCCGGACCGCUAGAUGCCAGGACCACUAUGGCUAUUUGGCAGCUGGGAAACUGCUACCUUCUCCUGGGUUUAAUUUCGUCUCUGGUCUUCAGAGCUAUCCGAGAUGCUCUUCCAAACAAUCCGGAGGCUCAGGAGCGUAUACUUGGAGCAAGCUUCACUGCGCUCGCGCUGGCAGACGUAACACACAUCGCUGCCUCAUUUAUUGGCCUCCCAGACGAGCUCAAAUACUCCUUUGGCAAGUGGAAUCUCAUGACCCAUGGCAACAUCACAUUUGUGGUAUUCCUCUUGAGCGUAAGACUUGCCUGGUUCGCGGGAAUCGGUCGCACUACCUAUUACUACAGGACACGGGCCAAGGUGGACUGAGCACUUGGAUUACUUUCUAUUCCAGUAGGACACUAGGCGGGUUGAAGUUUAACACAGAUUGUAUAAGUGCAGUCUACAAAUACAAUUCUGCUCUACAUAGUCCAAGGUAUAAAGUAAAUAUGAAGGCGUUCGAAGAU